AACAACGGGCAAAUCUCAAUGGCACCGCGACAAAAACAACAACAGAAAAGACGACGAGCAAAUUGCCAGAUCUGCGAAGAGGUGGAAUCAAAAUACGCUUGUCCGGGUUGUGAGGUUUUGUAUUGUUCCGUUGCGUGUUACAAACGACAUAAAGGCUCGUCAUGCAGUGCAAACUCGAAUGCUACCAGCGCUGCUGGUAAUGGCAAUGCCAUUGAGACACCAGCGCAAGUCGAGUCAUCACCACAUAACGACGACGGGCCUAAAAGCGCUUCAAACACUUUGGAGUCUGUGCCAAGGUUAUUGGCAUCGGACGAAGGCGAUGCAUCCGGCUCCGUAUCUGCAUCUCGAGAGUCUGCGGUCCCUGGGUCCAUGGCUCAUGGGUCCAUGGCUCAUAGGUCCACAGCUCAAAUGAGGCAAGGAACAGACUCGGACUUGCUCGGGAGACUCGAUGUGGGGGGCUCCCGCACAGAAGCGAUUAUGGAUGAGGAUGUGGAGGCGGGGCGCGUAUCAACUGAGGUCGAUGGCAAAGUGGGAGAUGUGGAGAAAGAGGAGGUGGGGCAGAGUAUGGACAUAUGCGAAGCCAAUGCUGCUCCCGAUACCAGUAUCGCUCCCAAUCUCAAUUCUCCUAAAACCAGCAGCGAAAGCACCAAACUAGAUUCGAGUCAUGUCAAUCCUCGUCCUCCAACUCCCACUCCUACUUCGAGUCAAAGUCAACCGCAGCCAAACGAGCCCCCGAGUCCCGACCUCGACUCAGAACCUAUCUCAAGUAAUCGUCCCUUGCGCAAACUAAGCUCGCUCAAAUGGCCUUACAUACCCGAUACAUCGUCCUACCCUGACCCAUUAGAGCGGGACGACCCUAAACCGCUGUCACUUGCGCAGUACGAAGCUAUCGCCCGCUCUCCAGCAAUCCGCCGAACUCUCUCCGCACACCAGUCCCUCCCCACCCUUCUCCAGAAACUCGACGCGCUCCGCGGACCUCCACGUGAACGAGCACUCGAGCGCGUUCUAGGCGUCGCUCCUGGUCAAGCAUCUUUCUCCCUCUCUCUUCCCGCCAACUCGUCUUCUAUGCCGGCCUACCCAACAUCUCCAGCUUCCAUGACUAACAGAAGAGAAGGAGAGGGUGAGGCGGGUAUCGAGACGAACGAAGAUGAUAUGCGUGCGUUGAGAGAAUUAGCUCAGGCCGUUGAGGCUGCUGUUAGGAGUGUCCCUUCUGCUAAUGGAGACUUCCAGAGUACAACUAGUACUAGUAGUUUGUUAGGAUUAGAUUGGGAGAGUAUGGAGACAUAG